GUAUGUUUGCAAAAGAGAAUUUCAGAGGAGAGUUCCCUGUCGUUUGAACUCAGUGCGGUCUGUGUUAGUGAUCAGGACAACUGCUGAUCUUAAUAUAAAACGUGUAAGCAGCUCUUUAAAGACCCUGUUUGUCCAAGCUAUGAAUUAAAGAGGCAAGAAAUCACCUUCAGGGGUGAAGCGGGAUUAGUAUAAAGUUAAAGAGCUCUGUUAGUUUCAUGAAACUAGACCCCAUGGUGUAAUUAUUUGAAGCAGAAUGCCCAGUCUUUUAAGGUAAUUUGGAGCAGGUUGUGUGCACGGUUCCUUUCUAACCCUGUACUGACACUUGGGCGUGACAGUGCUGUUUUGCAGUGGGCACAGUUCUCAUAUAAUGCCUUCGAGCAAGCAAAUAAACUUGGGUAUUAUCUGCUGAUGCAGCGACCGCUUUUGAGAAUGUUUCAUUCAUUAAGUUGUCUUGGGUAAUGAUUUAUAAUGUAUUGGAUAAUGAUCCUGUCACAAGAAUCAGACCAGUGCCUCAUCAAUUAAAGUUUGUUUCUCUUUGUUUCCAGCUUUGUUUAUGUUUAUAGUGAACGUGCAACAUAGCUAAUUCAAUGUUUUGUUUUCAGUCCCAGUCUAAUAAUUCUUAUUUGCUUACACAUGGCUUGUCGGUUUGAAAAAGGAGUACUGACCAAGCUCAGUCAAUUUCCUGAACUCUUAUUGGAGACAGAGAUACUGAUAGUUCAAGUGCAGUGCUGGGUGGGAUUGCUUCCUGUGAGGUAGGUCACAUGGUCACAUUGCAACCAGACCAUUGGACUAAAACUAAGCUACAGCACAGGAAGUGAUUUUAUACUAGGAAGCAGGAGCACUUUUGACUUGAACAGCGUUGUCUUUCAGACGUGUGCAAUUUCCAAAGAUAGACUCCACGAGUCAUCUAAAGAGUGUUUCUCUUUCAGGUACCAAUGGCGUUGCCACCUCCUGAUCCUCUCUUUGUUCUCCGCGGGACCGGCGCGCCGGUGAACACGCUGUGUUUCUGCUGUCGGAACCAGGAGCAGGACAAGCCCCUCCUCUUCUCUGGCUCUGCCAAUGGAGCAAUUCAUGUUUGGAAUCUGAGGACGAGGAGGACAGAGAGUGUGCUGGAAGGACAUGGAGGGGCGUCAGUCUUGUGGGUCCAGACUCUCAACAGCAGAGAUGCCCUGAUCAGCCAGGGUCGUGACCUCCGAGUGUCCAUGUGGGACCUGGCUGAAGGAAGGAGUGUGGUCACAGAUUCCAUUCUAACGGAGAGCGUGGGGUUCUGCCAGUGUUCUCUGCUGGACAGGAAGGGCGGACAUUGGCUACUGGCUGUUCCUGGGGCAGACAUGGCAGCGGUUCGAGUUUUGGAUCUUCCCAGUAAGACACCGGUCUGCACUCUGAAGCCAGAUGCUAAGCUAGGCAUGCCUAUGUGCCUUAAACUAUGGCAGCCGGACUCGGGAUCCAGCCCCUUGCUGUGGGCAGGCUAUGAGGAUGGAUCGGUCUCCCUCUGGAACCUGUCAGAACGGAGUCUGCUGAGCCACCUCGCUUGCCACGCUGAGCCCGUCAUGAGCCUUGACUUUGACGCUGGGAAGUUAAGAGGUGUCUCGGGCUCCUCGGAGAAGGCCCUCAACUCCUGGACGCUUGACGGACAGCAGAGCCUCAAGCUGCAGGAUUCAGUAGAGCUGGUGAAUCCAGGGAUUUCACACCUCUGUAUCCGAGAAGACAGAAGGAUCCUGGCAACAGCAGGGUGGGAUCACCGGAUCCGUUUGCUUGGGUGGAAGAAACUGAAGCCCCUGGCCGUGCUGCAGUACCAUACAGACAUUGUGCAGUGUGUUGCGUUUUCAGAUCACGACGUGCCCAGCAAGAGACUCAUGGCUGCAGGAUCAAAAGACCAGCGCAUAAGCUUUUGGUCUGUGUAUAACCAGAUUUAGAAGGAUUUUUCUACAUGUGAAGAAGAGUCUUCAAGGUGCAUGUUGUGAAAUCCAUGGAGCUCCCAUACCUUAUUAAAUAUCCUGUUACUAUCACCAGAGGCACGAUGAAGCACUGCUGAAUGGGAUUAUGUGCUAGUUAACUCUUUCAGGGAGAGAAACUGGACAUUUGGUACAUGGGCUGACAUAAUGAUUGUUACCACUUCUUUUAUUAUUAAAAUAUAUUUUUUAAUAUUUAACAGAAAUCUGGUUUUGCAGUUCAUUCCUGGAUGCAGGUCUUUUUCCAGAAUGCAUUCGGAAGACUCCCAAUGUUUUUCUUGGUGCUAAUAAAGACUGUGGGUGUUAUGAGUUCAUAUAAAUCAGUGGGGGGAAAAGACCUGAAACAAUUACUAAGUGUGCAACAAGCUCAGAUAUACAGGUCUUUGAGAAAAUGCAAAUGGGUGUUAGUAAAAUCUCUCUUUGUAUCAAACUCCUGUGCCAUGCUGUUAAAGUUAUUACAGAAUUAUUCAUUAGAUUUGCUUCAUUGGACUCGAUUGUGAGCUCUGUUGAGUGACAGUUUGAACUACAAUCCCUCCCAUCGGCAGAGACCUCUUCUCUGACCCACAGCACAUUAAUCAGCGACACUAAUCACAUAGUAGAGCGUUGCUUACAACAUCCAUUAAAAGCUACUGCGUUUGUUUUCACAAGAGUUCGGAGGAGAAAAGAUGACCACAUGAAGAAAGAUUCAGUCUUUCAUAGCAAAAGGGCCACUAACUUGUGAACUCCUGUAGGCACCAGAGAACAACGGUGCCGAUGUCCAGCUCUGAAAGAUUCGGGAUUCAUGACCACUAUAAAGGUCUUUCAAAGCUGGAACACCCAAAUGUAGAUGCUGUUUUGGAGAUCCAGAACCUGGAUUUUAACAAGUGUGUGUGUGUGUGGCAUAUGCAGCUACAGGGGAUUAUUGGAAAUGUAUGGUAGAAUCAUUGCCAGAUUGGAAUAUUCUGAUAAAAAAUCAGUCUACUGUAAUCUAUCCAGAACAGUAUACAAAGUACCAAAGCGCUACUGUAGCCCAGAAAACACUCUGCAGCAUUUUAUUUGAGCCUUAAACUGACGUAUAAGAGAAGACAGGGUGUAAAAAGAUGUCUGAAAGAGGCUGAUCCAGGUUUAGAAAUGAUCCUUGACAGCACUUCAGAAUAAAGGCCUCUGUGACUUCACUGGACCAGAUGUAACACUGGCAAUGGAGGCUUUUGGUGCUCUGCAGCCAGCCCGGUCAACACUGACCUUGUCUGACCGUUCUCUUUCCCCCGCUUGGAGAGGAGAGGGCACUUCAGUUUCAACUGAUCCAAGCAAUUCAUUGACACAGACUUGAUAAGCAAAGUCAGUAAAAGAGAAAUAUAGGCCUACAAAUCAUGCAUUUUGGUCAUCACUAAUGUAAGUGUUAACUAGCUGUUAGUCAUCGAUUGCGAUGCCUUUGCGUGCGUUGUGUACAGCUGCUAAUGGUAAUACCAUUGUGACAAGUGAAUGAAAAGGUCAAGGGUCUAGUAGCACCUCAGAUCACUCAUGCAUGCUUUAGAUUUGCCUUCUAGUGCCUGAAAAUGGCCUGGAAUAGUCAACGUUUGUCAGAAAACCAGCAAGAAUCUCCUCAAAGCGAUAAUUACCCAAUCCAACCAAGCCUUUUCUUACCAGAUUUAUACUGUUAGCACUCUUUUCAUUCCUCUCAGGAAAUGUGCUUUUGACACUGCACCUGCAUCCAAACAGGGCUCCCGUGUGUUAUU